GGGCAAGCACGAUAUUAUAAAGUCGCCCUGCCGAGGCAUGACGAGGCACACGACGCCCUUAACACCACCUAUUAUUCUCCGAGUAACUCGAUAGAAUCAAAGGGAAAUCAACAAAUCAUUGGGAUGAAUAGACGCCCCUUGAAUAAGUGCCACCUCCACACGCCUUCUUCCUGAAUUAUCAUCCCCAAAACUAUUCGGCAUUGCUCGGGACACGGAUCAACCGCCUUCGCAUUGGUUUCUCCGAGGUUCAGUACCCCACAGUCGACCCCAACCAACUUCCAUCAAUAAUCACCUCCACCAUCCGCCCUUGCCACGCUAUCAUCUCCUACCUUUUGCUACAAUAUCUUCCAAUCUCCUCUCUAUAAACUACACGCACCCAUAGCGAAUCCAUUUUUAUUCACACAUCAUUUAUAGACCUCUGUACUGUUCCAAGCACCAGCACCAAUGUCGUUUAUGGGUGGCGCCGAGUGCUCGACGGCUGGCAACCCGCUAAGCCAGUUCAGCAAGAUCGGACAGGAUGACAAGAGUCUGCAACGAGAUAGGCUCGUGGGGAGAGGCCCGGGGAGUGCGCAAGGGAUGCGCAGUACGGGAAUGAAUGGAAACCAAGAUAAUAUGAUGAACGAGUUUCUACAACAGGGCGGCCAACUACCACAGGCACCCGUCGACCCUUUUAUGAUGGAAGCAAUGCACCAUGCCGGCCCUGGAAUCCAACGAGGCACAUCACCACAGGCUCAAGGUUGGGCGCAGGAGUUCCAGCCCGGCAUGCCGCAAGAAUCACACAUGCAACCAAACUUCCAGACGCCCCAGGCCGCCGGAUUCAACCCCGCCGAGUUUUCCCGCUUCCAGCAGAUGAACCAGCCUGCAGCCGCACGAACAGCAAGUCCGGCGGCCCAGAUGCCCAUGUCGGGCUAUAAUUCAUACCAGAGGCCCAUGGGAAUGGGUAUUGGGAUGGGGAUGGGCGGCGGCUUCGGCAUGGGCGGUGGGAUGAUGUAUCAGAACCAGAGUCAGAUGCCCAUGAACCAACAACCGCAGGAAGCGAUGGACAAGGGCAAGGGUAAGAUGAUUGAGCUCGAUGACGAACACUGGGAGGAACAAUUCAAAGCCAUCGACUUGGCGGCCGAAGAGAAGGAACAGAAUGACGCGAUCGAGGCGGAGCUGAAUCAAAUGGACAGGGACCUCGUGGCCGACAUGCCCUCUCCGAACGAACUCGACAUGGGCAGCUUUGACCAGUGGGAUGGAUUUGAUGGCAUGGGGAGCCAUGCAGCGUUCCGAGAUCCACACCUGGGCGAUUACACCUUUGAGGCGGACAACAUCUUCGCCGACGUCCCGAAUGCAUUUGAGGAAGGUGUGCGCAUCAUGGAAGAGGGCGGAAACCUCAGUCUCGCAGCUCUGGCAUUCGAGGCUGCGGUUCAACGCGACUCUUCGCACCUAGCGGCCUGGGUACACCUCGGUUCUGCACAGGCGCAGAACGAAAAGGAGACCCCGGCCAUCCGGGCGCUCGAGCAGGCCCUCAAGAUCGACCCCUCGAACCUCGAGGCUCUCAUGGGCCUUGCCGUCUCUUACACAAACGAGGGCUACGACAGCACCGCCUACCGCACCCUCGAGCGCUGGUUAUCUGUUAAGUACCCCGCCAUCGCACCACCCAGUGGCCUCUCAGCUGAGGCGGACAUCGGUUUCACCGACCGCCAGCAGCUGCAUGAGAAGGUCACCAACCUCUUCAUUCAAGCAGCGCAGCUGAGCCCCGAUGCCGAGACCAUGGAUCCCGAUGUCCAGGUCGGUCUCGGCGUCCUCUUCUACGGCGCCGAGGAGUACGACAAGGCAGUCGACUGCUUCUCCGCCGCCCUCGCCUCCACCGAGUCCGGUUCCACCAACGACUCCUCAUCCGUCCACCUGCUCUGGAACCGCCUGGGCGCCACCCUCGCCAACUCCGGACGCUCCGAGGAGGCCAUCAAUGCGUACGAGCGCGCCCUCUCGAUGCGCGGAAACUUUGUCCGCGCACGCUACAACCUCGGAGUCAGCUGCAUCAACAUUGGGUGCUACGAAGAGGCGGCUGCGCAUCUACUCGGCGCGCUCGCUAUGCACAAGGUCGCGGAGCAGGAGGGACGCGAAAAGGCCAAGGACAUCCUCGGCGGCGAUGGCACAGGCAAGGUCUCCGAGGCGGAGCUUGAGCGCCUGAUCAACCAGAACCAGAGCACGAAUUUGUAUGAUACCCUCCGUCGUGUAUUUAGCCAGAUGAACAGACGGGACCUGGCUGAGCGUGUCGUGAGCGGCAUGGAUGUGGAUAGUUUUAGAGGUGAUUUCGAGUUUUAGAUAGGGCAAGCAUAUGGGGGACAUGGGAAAGGGUUGGGAUUUUGGGGUAUAUGUAUAGCGUAUGUGCUUAUUCCGCGUCAAAAAUAGAUGUAGUGGUUUCAGGAGACG